UACGUGCAUGCGCACGCAUUCUUGUACAACCGUUCCUCGAGUGUUGUCUCUAACGCAGCCUUGGUCCCAGCAGACAAUGACCGGCUCCUUGCUGUUCUGCGCCUUUCUCCCUCUGAUCGUGGCGGCUGGCUUGAGGCUCACACCCCCUGCGCACAAGACACAGGAAGUGGACCCCAGUGACCCCGAGGUUCAAGCCUGUGCCUCUUUUGCCCUGGAGAGUUUCAACUUCUUCAGCAAAGACCCACACAUCUAUGCCAUCACCAAGUUCUACUCGGUCAAGAGAGCUGAUGUCGGUGGCGGACAGUAUGACAUGGAUGUGGAAGUAACAAAAACCCAGUGGUUGAAAGACCAAGUGAGCAAAGGCUCCUCAACCGAUCAAGAGGUGUUCCGGUGUCACUUCGUGGUCCUCAGCGCUCCAUGGAAGAAGCAGAGAGCUCUUCUUCAGAGCUCCUGUACUCCUGUGGUCAGCACUGGUGCCGGCAUGCACUAAUCUUGAAAUAAUGUGCCACAAAUCUUACAGCUUCACUGCUAGCACUCACUGUGCCCCCCAGGGUCUCCAUCACCCUGCACUUAUGAACCCAUCAGGAUCUGUCUGCCAAAAUUCACAUGCCAAUAAAACCUCCUGUUGUGGAACUAACAAA